AUGGCGUCGCAAUAUCUUGGAAACAUGUUCUCGCUGGAGGGGAAGACGGCCAUCAUGACGGGAGCAACAGGUGGCCUGGGCUCGGCACAGGCAACCGCCCUGGCCCAAGCGGGCGUGUCGACCAUCGUCUCGAUCGAAGCGCCCAACGACCCGCAGUCGGCAGAUCUGAAAGCCAAGGUCGAAGGCGUCGGCAAGAAACUGGUAGCUUUCCACUGCGACCUGCGCAACCCCAAGAGCCUGCGCGAUUGCUACGCGUCGAUAUGGCAGGCCGGGAUUGUGCCGGACAUUCUGAUCAACUGCGCGGGCGUGAUGCGGCGGAAUCUCUGCGAGAAUGCGACCGACGACGAGAUUGAUUUGCUGGUCGAAGUCAACAUCAAAUCCUAUUACAUCUCGAUGCAAGAAUUCGGGCGCAAGCUCUUCUCUCUCAACCGGCCAGGAAAAAUCGUCAACAUCGCCUCCGUCACCUCGUACCAAGCCGGCUUCAACACGAGCGUCUACUCGAGCACAAAGGGCGCCGUGCUGCAGAUGACAAAGGCCUUUAGCAACGAGUGGGCCGGCAAGGGCAUUCAGGUCAACUGCAUCGCCCCGGGGUUCAUGCGCACGUCCAUGACGGCCCAGUACCAGGACGACCAGAAGAUGGUCGACUACCUCAUGACGCGGGUGCCGAUGCAGAGAUGGGGCGAGCCGCAGGAUCUGGUCCCCGCCAUGCUCUUCCUCGUCGCUCCGGGGAAUACUUUCACCUCGGGGGCCUGUCUGAUUGUGGACGGCGGAUACUGCGGCAAGUAG